AUGCGCGAAGCGCCAGCCAUUUCGGGGGAUAGGCAGACGCAGGACCCGGACCCGGUGCAACGCUUAGAUGAUCUGGCACACAUUCUGAAAGCCGAGCUCGUGCGCACCGAGCGCCACAUGCAGGUCGCAACUGAAGAAGCCCUCAAGAGGUCUGUGGCAAAGAUCGAGGGCCUCCUGCACGAGUGCACCAGGGGUCCCAGCGCGUUCGACGAGGCGACCAAGCCGUUGAGAAGCUCGUUGCCACCGCUCCAGAGGAAGUCAUUGACUCUCCAUCAUGACAACAAAGGUCAUCACAAUCCUUUCUUUCACACUCCGUUUGCGCCUAGCGGCAGACCGAAUCCGUGGAAAGAUGACCGCCCUGGGGCAAGGCCUUCAGUCCAAGACUUGGCCAUGCCAUAG